UCACAAAUGCAAGGAAAGGGUUUUGUGUGUCAAACGUGCUGGUUUAUAAUGUUGAUUUAAUCAAAAUACUGUAUUUGAAUUUAGCUGGUAUGCUUAUUUAUAUGGUACAGUAAAUCUGAUCUGACUAAUGUAUGGACAAGGUCCCACUGUGAUACCUACUUGGAGAGUGUCUUGAGAGCAGGUAAUAUUACAGAAGAGUCUUAUGACAAAUAUGUGCUUGCAGCAAAAUUGUUUCCUUGGGUCCCUGCAACACAUUCCACAUGUUGCAUGAGUUGCUGCAUAAUUUUUUUUUAAACAAAGCUAUUAUAUUGUUUUGAGAUGAUUUGUUAUAACAAUAUUUUUAUUGCAUUAAAUUGCCUCCUUAGUAUUGCUGUACAUAUGAAACACAUUUUGAAUGGACUACAGCACUGAAAAGAUGCUGCAUCUUGCAUAGGCCAUUCUGGCACCCCCCUCGUCCCCUCACUUGUUGAUGUUCGAAGCUGUUUAGCGACAUCUAUUGGGAGAAUAAAUAUGUAUAUCAGUUCGCCCACAUUGAUCAGUUUCAGGCCAGCGUAACCUUGUCUAAUACCCGGCUAUCCAUGAUUUCUUGUCCUCUACAGUACUGCACUGUAACGCGCUCAAUUCCAGAAAUCAAGAUCUGAAGAAGGUAACGCGCUACUAAGUGUCUUGUUUUCCUAAGGAUAACAACGAACGCGGAAACGGGUUAUAAGUGGUGAGCUUGUGAACUGCAGUGUUCGCUGAAGAAAUGCGGUUCAGGUGCAAAAUUACCGAUGAAGUUGCCGUCAAGAAUUUCUCCGGUAUCAUUCAUUUCGUGUCAAGGCUGUGGCGGACUGUGACGCUUCGUCUAACCGCCAACCGAAUGUAUUUGGCUCACCCUGCGGGCUUAAUCGACGGAUCGCCGGAACUGCACGUAAUUAUUGAGCGUCACGUGAUCUUUUCUUUGUAUAAUUUGGACGGACUAUCUGACGAUCAUCCCGAAAUUUUUCUCUCCUUGGAAACCGCUGCAUUCGAGCGAGUCCUGAGUACUGUUCGUGGAUCGCAGUUUUCAACGUUGAGAUCAAUCAAGAUGCAGCUUACGAACAAAGGCGGAGCGUGUCUAACUCUCGAUCUCGAACUGGAAUGUAAGAAAACUGGGAUGGUUCGCAACAUGAUCCACGACAUUCCAGUUGACGUAAUUCCUCUGAAUGAGUGGAACGGCGUGCCCACUCCUGUUCCAAUGGAGUUCUCGGCAAUUUUUUCCCUUCCUUCAUCGCCGUUAGUCAGCAAUCUCUUCAGCUUCCUGAAGGGAAAUACUCAUGGAGUUAACAUGGUAGUUCAGCAUAUUCAAUCGAAGCAUGGCGUGAAAGGUACUUUCCGAUUCACUGUGAACGCGGACAUGUAUUCGAUUGCCCUGAACAUGUUUGAAUUGGACGUUCCACCGCAAUCUAUUGUACCUCUGGUUUCGAAUUACGAUGAAAUCGCCCGUGGCCGCUCAACGGAUGCCAACAUCACGAAUAAUUUCACCGCGACAGUGAAAUUCAAGAAAAUGAGCAGUCUUCUCUCCGUUUUAGACAAUUCCAAGUCGAAGCAAGAACCGAUUGCGAUGGGUAUGUUUUUCGAAUUGCCCAAAAAUCGGAUUCGGUUUGUUAAAAUGACGAAAUCGAAAAAGAACAAAGAUUUAGUGCCUCCUGAGAAAGAUCCGAUCGAGGAAGCGCUGGAUCCAGAAAAUAUUGUAAAGUGUCGCGAUUUACUUUAUCGCUUGAUGGUUGGGCAACUUUUUUACGACGGGCAAUCGCAAAUUGCCAUCAAAAUGUCGAAUUUGAUCCAGGCUGACCCGCCGUGCACGCCAUCUGAUCGGCUCAUCUAUUUACUUCAACUAGGCUUGAUGAAAGAACGAGAAAAUGAUAAGGCCAAGUCGAGUUCAAACGCGAUCGCGUCACAGAUCGGUGGAAAGGCUACCAUCGACGCCAUUCCUGGGCUGGAUCUAGAAUUUCAGUCUGACGUUCCUUCGUCUGCUCCUGAACCUGCCUUGUAUGAAACUGCGUACGUCACAGCACACAAAGGAAUGUGCAGAGCAGGAGCUUUUAGCCCAGAUGGUGUUCUGUGUGCCACAGGAAGUGUUGAUGCAUCCAUCAAGGUAAUGUACUCGAAUCGGGAUGCGUUCAAUAUUCAUUUUUGUAUUCAUGCUGUCCGACAGAUUCUUGAUGUGGAGCGUAUGUUGGCGAAAAGUGCGCCGGAAUUGUUGGAGGCGUCCUCGUCUACUAUUCGAGACGGAAGGGACGGCCAGGAAACAUCUUUUCUAGGACAUCCCGUGAUAAGAACCCUAUACGAUCAUAUGGAAGAAGUAACCACGUUACAAUUCCAUCCCAAGUUGCAAAUUCUCGCCUCUGGCUCUCGAGAUCACACCGUCAAGUUAUUUGAUUUCUCGAAGACAUCUACGAAGAAAGCUUUCCGAACCCUUACGCAUCCACAGCCAAAGUGCUACUUAAAAAAGGCUCUGAGAAAAACCAUCAGUCUAUUUUGGACAGGUCGACGAGCUAACAUGCUACAAGCGUGGCCCGUCACGAAGCAUAGUUCGAUUUCCAGUCAUCACCACACUGGGCCAGUGCUUAGCGUAAAGUUCAGUGCGGAUGGACGCCAAUUUGUGACGUGUUCACGCGAUGGAUCCAUCAAGAUUUGGGACGCAGUUUCUAACCGGAACAUUAACACGUUUGCUAAGGCGCACGAAGGCGCGCUUCAACCAAGACACCUCAAGAGCUUUUUACCGUUCCAUUAUGGGCGGUUUAGAAAAUAUAAGAAUAGGGCAGAUUUGUUCAAUGAUUUUUGCAAAAUUUUAUGCACACAUUUUUUUUUUCGUUUUCAGUACGUGUUAUCCUCUGGGAAGGAUUCAUUGGUGAAACUCUGGGAACUCACGUCAAGUCGAUGUUUGAUUGCCUACACCGGAGCUGGAACUACCGGUGAGCUUUUAUUCAGUUCAGAAUACGUGUUAUCCUCUGGAAAGGAUUCAUUGGUGAAACUCUGGGAACUCACGUCAAGUCGAUGUUUGAUUGCCUACACCGGAGCUGGAACUACCGGUAAGCAAGAACAUGCUGCCCAAGCUGUGUUUAACCACACGGAAGACUUCGUGAUGUAUCCGGAUGAAGCCACGGUUUCGUUGUGUUGUUGGGAUGCGAGAAACGCGGCGAGAAAGCAGCUCUUGUCUCUGGGCCACAACGGAGCUGUUCGCUACAUUUGUCAUUCGCCGUGCACUCCGGCUUUUCUCACUUGCUCUGAAGAUUUCCGAGCGCGUUUUUGGUACAAGCGAACAGCUUCUGCUGCUCACUGA